AGCCGCUCCUCCCGCGCGGGGUCCUUCAGCAGACGGUGCGGGGCGGAAGUCGCACACAAACACACACACACAAGCGCACACUGUUGCUUCUGUCGAUAAACUGUUUUAAACCCUUUAUUUCUGUGUUUCGUCGCUGUUUAUUAGUAACUUGCGUGGCGAAGCGCGUUUGUUUGCUCCAGCAUGGCUCCUACUGUACAGACGCAAGCGCAGCGGGAGGACGGACACCGGAGCUCAGCUCACAGAAGCGUCCCAGAGAGGUCCGGCGUCGUGUGCAGAGUGAAGUAUGGCAACAGUCUUCCGGAUAUCCCGUUCGAUCCCAAGUUCAUCACGUAUCCGUUUGACCAGCACAGGUUUGUGCAGUAUAAAGCCACGUCACUGGAGAAACAACACAAGCACGAGCUGCUCACCGAACCGGAUCUGGGCGUCACCAUCGACCUCAUCAACCCUGACACGUACCGCAUCGACACCAGCAUUCUGUUGGAUCCUGCUGAUGAGAAGCUGCUGGAGGAGGAAAUCCAGGCUCCGUCGAGCUCAAAGAGGUCGCAGCAGCAUGCGAAGGUGGUGCCGUGGAUGAGGAAGACGGAGUACAUCUCCACCGAGUUCAACAGAUACGGCGUCUCCAACGAGAAAGUGGAAGUCAAGAUCGGUGUGUCCGUGAAGCAGCAGUUCACAGAGGAGGAGAUCUACAAAGACAGAGACAGUCAGAUCGCAGCCAUCGAGAAGACAUUUGAAGACGCGCAGAAAUCCAUUGCCCAGCAUUACAGCAAACCCAGAGUCACACCGGUGGAGGUUCUGCCCGUCUUCCCAGACUUCAAGAUGUGGAUUAAUCCGUGUGCUCAAGUCAUCUUCGAUUCUGAUCCGGCGCCUAAAGAUGUUUCUGCACCAGCGGGGGUGGACAUGAUGUCACAGGCCAUGAUCAGGGGUAUGAUGGACGAGGAGGGGAAUCAGUUUGUGGCGUACUUCCUGCCUAACGAGGACACGAUGCGCAAACGCAAGAGAGACGUGGACGAGGAUUUGGAGUACAUGCCUGAUGAAGUGUAUGAUUAUAAAAUCGCUCGCGAGUACAACUGGAACGUGAAGAACAAGGCCAGUAAAGGAUACGAGGAGAACUACUUCUUCAUCUUCAGAGACGGAGACGGAGUUUAUUACAAUGAGCUGGAGACCAGGGUGCGUCUGAGCAAGCGGCGAGCAAAGGUUGGCGCUCCGUCGUCUACGAACGCUGUGCUGGUGUGUAAACACAGAGACAUGAACGAGAAGGAGCUGGAGGCUCAGGAUGCUCGCAAGGCUCAGCUGGAGAAUCACGAGCCCGAGGAUGAAGAGGAGGAGCUGGACAUGAUGAAAGACCUGCAGGACUCUGGUGAGGAGCGCGAGAAGGCCAGCGACUCGGACAACUCUGAGAGCGAGUCUGAGCGUGAGGAUGAGGAGCGGCCCGCCGAGGAAGACGAGGAGGAGGACGAGGAGAGCAGCAAGAGGCGUGAGAGGAAGAGCAGCGGCAGCGAGAGCGGUGAGGACCGGCAGGCGCGAGACGAGGAGGAGAUCUUCGGCAGCGACGAUGACAGUGAGGAUGACGAGGGUGAGCGCGCGAGGAGCAACAGCAGCAGCGUCCAGCACAGCGGCAGCGAGAGAGCGUCCGACUCCAGCGACGCCAGCGACAGCGAAUGAGACGCUCAGCCCCGCCCACCAGCAGCUGCUGCACUCAUGCUGUUUCCUGUUCCUGUUCAACUCUGUCCCUCUGAUGCUUUCACGGUGAAUCUCAUGUCCAGCUCUCUCUUCACCCCGAUGAAAUAAUAUUCUGCUUGACCUGGACGUGUGAGUGUGUGAGUGUGUGAGUGUGUGAGUGUGUGUGUGAGUGUUGUGAGUGUGAGUGUGUG